AUGUCUACGAUGGCAGCCGUCGCAAGACAGCCCAAGAAUUCACCUCCCGGCUAUUCAAAGCGAAUCAAACAUGUUAAGGAUUGUCCACCUCCACCAGCCAAGAAGAAGCAGUCGAAUCCGUCAUCCAAACCUGAGGAGAAUGUUCCUCGCAACGAAGCAGGCGUCCAGCUACUCUCCAAACCUCUACGCGACCAAAUCUUUCGCAAUGUCGCCUUCGAAAAGAUACCCAGGGAAUUUGUCAACGUCUCUCACAAACAUCUCAAGAAGCACAAACUCGAUGUCACAAAGGCCCAGAAACUACCCCAUUACGAGUUCGUCUUACCAGAACUGCAAGGCGAGAAUCUCGACCAGCACUUUUGGAACGUUGGUGAAAAGCUAGCCAGGAGGAGUAAAGAUUUGGCCUCGAAUUUUGCGCGCGAACUGCUCCCCGAUCAGCCGAGCAAGCACCAGUGGUCUCGAGUCUCUGGGUGGACACAGUAUACCCGGGAUGAGACGGGAGCACUCUUGGAGAAUAAGGGAGUUGGGCCAGACAACGAGAAUAUGCUCGUGUUUGACGUCGAGACAAUGCCCGCAUACCAUCACUAUGCCGUUCUUGCCUGUGCGGCAUCUCCGACGGCAUGGUAUGUCUGGAUCUCUCCGUGGUUACUGGGCGAGACAGAGGACCCGGAGCAUCUCAUUCCUCUGGGUCGACCUAGUGGCGAUGGCCGGAAGCCAGAGGAGAGGGUUGUAAUCGGUCAUAAUGUCGCAUACGACCGUGCGCGGGUCAAGGAAGAGUACGACCUCACCAAGCUGUCCGGAAUCCGUUGGAUUGACACCAUGUCACUUCAUGUCGCCAUCAAAGGCAUCUCAUCCGUCCAGCGCCCUGCUUGGAUGGCGUUCAAAAAGGAGAAGGAACGCAGCGACGAGGUAGAAGUGGACGAUGAUCUCCUCGAUCAGGAUCCUCUGUCGGAAGCACGGCUCGCACAAGAUUUACGGCGAGAGACGGAGCAUCGCCGUGCAAUAAAGUACGAGGAAACCAUUGAGAUGGAUCCAGACGAACCCCCCGACGUCGAGGCCAAACGAUGGGAAGAAGUCACGUCUGUCAACUCGCUGCUAGAAGUUGCCAAACUGCACUGCGGGAUCACCAUCGACAAGGAGACGCGGAAUGCGUUUAUGGAGGAUACCCCGGAGCAGAUUCUCGCGGAUCUGGAGUCCUUUAUCGACUAUUGCGCGACAGAUGUUUCCACGACGCACGCCGUCUUUCGCGCUGUUCUCCCGCAGUUCUUCGACGCAUGUCCGCACCCGGUGUCCUGGGCAGGCGUGAUGCAGAUGGGGAGCAGUUUCCUUACUGUUAACCAAGAGUGGGAAAAAUACCUUACACAGGCGGAGAAAAAGUAUCGAGAUUUAGAGACUGGUGUCAAGACGCGUCUAAUCGACUUGGCGGAACGAGCGAGGUUGCUCAUGGAGGGCGGAGAGUGGAAAAAGGACGUCUUCCUCAGUCAAUUGGACUGGACGCCAAAGGUCGCGGGAAAGAGUCGUGGCUACUGGGUCCCGACGAAAAAGGAGCUCUCUGCGAUGACUCCGCCACCUGCGAAAAAGGGGACGAUGAAGGAGAAGAGAGAGAACAAGGUCCACAAAAGUUCAGAGGAGGACGGUUGGGAUUACGAGAUGCCCAACUGGUUCAACAUUCUCAGACAAAACCCCCUCUCUCACGAAUCUCGACAUCGAAUCAUCCCCGUUGUCUUGCAAGCCAAGUGGCUCGGACGUCUAAUGUUCUACCAUCCAAAGCGAGGGUGGGUUUACCGCAUCUCCAAAAGCCAAGUGCCGGAGGCAGACAAGAAAGGAAUCGUGAAGCUACGGCAUGACGAUCCGCUAAAGGAAUUCGAGAUUUCGGGGGCGGUGUUCGUCCAACCCCAGAAACUCAGGGACAUCGGUACGGAUGAACCCUUCUGGUCAUCAAAAGUCGCUCGGGUGCUCCUUCAACAAGGAGUGAUCACAACGGAUGACGAUGAGCUUGGGCGAGCAUUGUCCUCUUCUACAGUCAUUAAAAGGCGGAAGGAGCAGUUACUCGCGUUGGCGAAGGAGGUUACAACCGGAAGGAAGACAUUCUCGCGGAAACAGCUUGAUUGGACGAAGAAGAAGCGUCCGUCGCAACUUGCGUCGUCCACAGGUGCACGCGAGGCGAAGCGAGUCAAAAGCAAGGACUUGCAUCCCGAGGUUGAGGCCGCAUUCGACACAACUGCAUCCGACACAACACAAAUCGGACAUCUGACACCGCCAGAAGGGCUCAAGUAUCCAGCGCCGACCUGGCCCAAGUGGUACUGGGAGCUUACAAAACCUCGCAAAGGGGCUCCAGCAGGCUCACCCGACAUCACUGUACGCACGCGCAUCUCACCCAUCUUGCUCCGUCUGGGAUGGUUGGGAAACCCACUCGUGUAUUCUCGUGAGCAUGGAUGGUGUUACCGAAUUGCCCCUGCAUCCUCUUCCCAAUCGUCUAUCAAAGAAGGCGAGGGAGAGAACAAGGCUCUUGAUGCGAGUAAUGGAGAUGGGAGCCCAACCGAGGACACGACUCUGUUCUUCAAUCACCCCGACGACGCCCAUCUUGCAGAGCAAGCCACAGAGGGGUACACAUUCCGAAAACUUCCACACCCUCAUGGUCAGGAAGCCAACGUGGGUAACCCUCUCAGCAAAAGCUUUGUCAAGUAUGCCCAAGAUGGGACGAUGAAGACUAUUGUCGAUACAUCGACUACAAACGAAACGGAACCGGGGGUUGCAGGUGACACCGAACAGGUGGUGAACGGGGCGAUAAAUGCACUCGAUAUGAACGCGCAAUGCAGCUACUGGAUUAGCGCACGGGAUCGUAUCCUCAGCCAGAUGGUCGUCUGGGAAAAGGAGCAUGGGCAGUUGGGUAUUGGGAAGCAUCUGAAGCGGCCGCAGGAUGCAAAUCCCAAGCAGGACGGCGUCGCUUCCCCACUACCAACGGAGAGCGCCGGCACGCUAGUGGGCGGCAAGCUGCCGGAAAAAUGGGGCAUGAUCCUUCCCCAAGUCAUCACUAUGGGCACCGUCACGCGAAGGGCGAUCGAAAAGACGUGGCUGACGGCGUCCAACGCCAAGAAGAAUCGCGUCGGCUCCGAGCUCAAAGCCAUGGUGCGCGCUCCGCCCGGAUACGCCAUUGUCGGCGCAGACGUCGACUCGGAGGAGCUUUGGAUCUCGAGCGUGAUGGGAGAUGCACAAUUUGGGUUCCAUGGCGCGACGGCCAUCGGAUGGAUGACGCUCGAGGGCACGAAAAAGGAUGGGACCGACCUACAUUCGAAAACGGCGUCCAUCCUCAACAUUACGCGCGAUUCCGCCAAAGUAUUCAACUAUUCGCGCAUCUACGGUGCCGGAAUGCGCCAUGCUGUGCAGCUGUUGCUACAGGCCAACGCGGGCAUGUCCAUCGGCGAGGCGCAAUCACUGGCCGAGAAGCUGUACUUGAAUACAAAGGGGAAGAAGAACUACCAUACCAAAUACUUUGGACGCUCUUUCUGGUACGGUGGCACGGAGAGCUAUCUAUUCAACAAGCUCGAGGCGAUUGCGCAUUCGGAUAGCCCGAUGACGCCGGCGCUGGGAUGUGGUGUAACGACUGCAUUAUCACGCAAGUAUCUCACAGAAGGGUUUGGCACGGACUAUCUUCCGAGCCGUAUCAACUGGGUGGUGCAGUCGUCAGGAGUGGAUUAUCUCCACCUGCUGUUGUCGGCAAUGCAACACUUGAUCGAAACGUAUUCGAUCAAUGCACGAUACAUGAUCUCCGUUCAUGACGAGGUGCGCUAUCUCGUUGCCGACGAGGACAAGUAUCGCCUGGCGAUGGCACUGCAGAUUGCCAAUUUAUGGACACGAUGUCUGUUCGCGUAUAGGCUCGGGCUAGAUGAUCUUCCCGUCGGUGUGGGAUUCUUCAGCGCGGUUGAUAUCGACAUUGUAUUACGCAAAGAGGUCGACAUGCCGUGUGUCACGCCGUCGCAUCCAGAGGCGCUUCCACCCGGAGAAUCUGUUGGGAUUGGAGAGGUGCUCGAGAAGACGAACAAUGGGUCGCUCUUGCCUGAUGGAGGACCCAUGAACGUGUGGACCGAGCGCACCGAGGAACCUCCCGCCACGGAAGGUUAUAUCGAACCUGAUGUAAAACAGCACCGUGCAGAAUGUCUCGAGUUCCUCGAGGCGCAAUUCACGGAUCAGGUUCAUAACCUUGAGCGGCUGAGUUGUCGUUGGGCACAGCGCCUAGUCGAGGCGGGGCGCGGAAAUGAGGUCAGGGCGUGGGGGAAGCAGAGGAGUGCAAAGUGGAUGGAUACAAAGAAGAGGGACGUCGGGUCAGUGGGAGAGGCCGUCGGGGUGGAUGACGACUGUAACUUUAAGAGAAUGCUGGUAAAGAGAAAUGCUAUGUGCUGGGAUUUGAGCGCUGUCAGAAGAAUGGGCCUCGAUGCUGAUUUAUCGGUGCCGUCUGGUCGUCGACAUGACUGGGCGUCUACAGCCAACUCGAGCGCAACGCCCAUGGCGACGCCAGUGUCCUUUCCGGAGCGGCUGACGGCACGUACACCUGUGAGCGUCUGGGCACGGAUAGUGGGCCUGGCGACGUCGACGAGGUUUGAGAUUGAAGACACGAUGAUCUCAGUCUUUGACGCGUACGAUCCAGUGGACAUUCCGUUUGCAGGCGCGCUCGACUGCGACGGUCCAAAGGCGAGCGUGUUGAAUGCACAGACGCGCAUCUAUCCGACAAAACUCGCGUUGACGAGAGUGAACAAAGUGUUUAGAGAGCUUGCGACGCCAUAUCUGUACGAGUGUCUCAUCUGCGACCGCCAGACGUGGUGGACCCGCCUCGUCCUCACUUUGCGCGACACGGGCUGGGGAAAGUACACACGCCGCGUUGAGUUUCACUUGGGUGAACGAGAAGUCGGUGCAGACGUUUUUUUGGUCCUGGCGUGCUUGCUGGCCUGUCCAAAUGUCCGCGUCGUCGGAGGCUUCAAUCUCGCCCGCCUUAUGACCGUUUUCCCGCCGACAUUUACCUACCAUCUCUCGCACCUUCAGACGAGUAUUGCAGAGGCACUCGCUAUUUGCAUCCAAUACCCGCAAAUCGCAGCUGGCUUGCGAACCAUGGAACUCUAUGGAGAAGAAAGACGACCCUCACCCCUUCCGCUGAUCGAAAAGUCCACCCAGGCCAUUAUACAUUUCCCCCAACUCGUCUCGCUCACCAUCGAGCUCAUGGAGUACCAAAACGCAGACCUGGGGCUCAUCCUCUCCUGGCAAAUGCCCUUUCUCCAGGCACUCCUCAUCAAGUUUGUGCGGAUGCAAGAAGAUGACUUUCGACAGCCCAUCUUCCAUGGUGUCUUUCAGCAGUUUGGACAAACACUGACGCUGCUCAGCAUUCAGGUCGAGCACCGGUACGACGCUCUCCCGCCUUGGUUCCUCAAUACCCUCUUGGACGGCUGUCCGUCACUCGUGGGACUCGUCAUCGACGCCUCGCUCAUGUCAUGGUCCCUUCGACCGGGUCAAAUUGCGCAUCCGACCAUCAACCUCAUAGGGCUUGCCCAUUUCACUAUUGCAGGCGCAUGCGUCCCCGCCACGACGGGGAAGACGUACGAAUCGGUGCUCAAGCUUAUGAACAGACUCUAUUUCCCCAAUCUCCUCCACGUCCGCAUCCUUGCGCCCGAAGCCGUCCAGACGUUUAUGAACGUCGAGCAAAUGAAGGAGACGAGCAAGGGGAUCCUGUGGCUCAAAGCAUGGAGAGAUCAUUUUGCAAAGUUUGGGACUCGACUGGAGAAUUGCCUCGGCGUCGACUUCUUCACGCCGAGACUGAGGGUAUCGUCUACGUGA